GCCCAGCUCCCUCCCUUUCCUGCCGGCCUCUCAGCAGAGGAUGUGUCUGGGAGAGAGAGUGUGUGUGUGUGUUAGGGUGAAAGAGGAAAGCCGUCAGUAGAAUGGAUAUGUGCCCUCUCUCCUCCACCCUUUCUUCUCCUCCUUCUUCUUCUUCACUGUCUCAUCCCCGUAUUUCUUCGCCUCCUCUGGCAGAGUUGCACCCGGGGUACCCUCGGCGCUGGCCCUCAGGGACAAGGAGGCUCUGCGGCUGAAAACUGACCUUCAAUGUCAGCAGGGGAUCAGAAGAGUGUUGGUGACAAACCAGAAGGUAAAGGGACACACACACUGGACACACAUGCACAGACACACACACACACUGUUUGCCUGUUGACAACACCGCUGAAAGGCCAACACCCACAUUUUCUAAAGCCUCUCAAAAGGCAGAGACAAAACAGAGCGCUUUAUUGCUCAGAGCUGCUGUAAAAAUGAAUGAACUCUUCACAUAUCUUGAUUUGAGAGUUAGGUUAGGAGUGUUAUGUUAAUGCAGGAAAGAGAAAUGGCCUUUGAUUGGUUAUUGAAUGUCUGCCAGCUUGUGUCAAACACCCUUAGAGUGACAAAGGUUCCUCCCUAGUCCCAGAAGCUGUCAUCUGUUUCUUUCUCUUGUUUGUAGAAAAAAGGGCCAUAACAUGAAGUUUCUUUAUUUUAAAACAACACUAACACUUCAGUUUCAUCAGUCUAUGUUGCACGUGCAAAUGUUGAUAGAGUUUUUGAUUUGCAGAUUCCAGUUUUAAUGUGGAUUUUUGAAGAUUUACUACAAUACAAACCAGGUCAGCAGUUUCAGGAUACUUCUGCUCAGGCACAUGUGACAAAAACUUCUAAAUCAACAAAUGGUUUCCAAUUUCAGAGUCAAAAAUAUGAUAAGAGGAUUUUCAGUUCUAUAAAUGUUUGAUGAGUCUUUUGUCAGCUGAGCACGCAAAACAGUAUUUAGCAUGUAGUCCAGUGAUAACAGCCCCUUACAUUUGCAGAUUUAGCCCUAAUUUAACAACUGAAAGAGGAACGACCUAGGCACUUACACAGCCACACCUCUGCUGGGAAAGCAUAUGUGAAAGACUAGCUCAAGUAUGGUAACUCAAACUUGCCAGUUCUUCUCAUUGCUUCCCCAUCAUGUGCCUUUUCUGACCUCCAUGAGUAAAAACGACAUACAGACAAAUAAAUAAAAAAAAGCAGUGUGCAGAAAUGAAAAUAUCUAACAAUACCUAGCACUUUGAUCCCAGAUUGAAAUGCUCCCUUGCUCACCCUCUUGUCAGUAAAGCAACAGUAGCCAUUGAGGUCAAGAAGCUGCUGUUGUGUCAAAGUAUGAUCUUCUAUUUGUCAACAUUUAACCAUCAAUAACAUCCAUAUUCAAAUCACCACCUUCCUCUUCUUUGUCUUCCUAUGUGUGCAUUUUUGUGUGGCCAUUCACCAAAUCCUACACAUGUGACAGCAAAUAAUGAAAACUUUGUCCAUAUAAGCUAACAUGCGAAAACUGCGGAACAGACUUUAGAAGAUGCCCGUGAUUAACUGCACCGUUAGACGGAUUAAUUUUUCAAUAUUUGAAUUCAUGAUUCUCCAAAAGGUGUCAAUGACAUGUGGCCUAAUGUCAAGUUCAGAGACUAAACAACAUGGAGUGACGUUCAGCAAACAUUGAACAGCAGAAAGAGAGAGAGAGAUUAAACAUAGUUUUAUAGACUGAAUAUGAUUUUAACUGUUAAUUUAUACUAUAAAGGUUUCUUUCCAUAAGUAGAAAUAUUAACUAUUGGAACCAUGACCACUUUGUUGCACCAGUCUCAGUCUGUGAGCACAUUUGGUUUUGUAACAUGUGACGGGGAAAUACUUGCAUUUGAGUCGACCAGUAGUGUUUUGUUUUUUUUUGUAUAUUUGUGUUGGCUUCACUUUGUGGUUCUUGUUGUUUCCCUUUAAAUUCACAUAUAUAACUUCCUAAGAUGCUGCCUCAGAGAUAUUGAGCAUCUGCAAUACAGAAAACUAUGAUGCAAACAGUAACAGACUACCUUGCACCAUCAUGACCGGAGGGUCAUCUUGGUUUUUUUCCAAACCGCCAGCACAGCAGCAUUUUAGUGCUAUAAACAGCAUGUAGCUGAUGUAUUGUCCUCUAUGGAGUUGUGUUUAUCACUGUGCUGUUGCAGCACCAGCUUACAUAACCCUCAUCACUUUCCUGAAUGUGAGCUCUAUGGUUUUAUUGUUUUGCAGAGUUGCUGAUGAUAAUGUUUUAGGCCUUCAGGUUUAGGCUUGGAGGGGGAUAGCAGAGAGUCCCGUGACCUGGUCGGAGAGAAACAAGGCCCUGUUUGUGUAAUUGAGAUGUCCAAAAUCUACAGAGAAGGAGAGAUGUGACUAAAUACUCACGUCGACCUCUGAAAACCUGAACUUUCAGUGACACGUCUCAUAUGUGUGAUCUAAUUUACCAUUAGCUGAGCUUUAACCUGUGAGUAUAACAGAAAGACUGCAUUAUGCUGGUGACCUAACACAGCACAUUGCUCUCUGCCUGAGUCACUAACCUCUUCAUUAUUCACUUAAGCCCAAUUAAGAUGGUUAACUCAAAUGGAAGCACAGUCAUGUGUCAUGUGAUGGCUGCCUGUCUGAAUAGAGGAGAAACCAUAACCUGCUCAUUGGACUAAAAAACAGAGCUCCUCUCUCUGCUAUAAAAAGAACCUUUCCAUUAAGUUACAGAGAAAUGUUUGACUCAGAGCAUAUCCUAUUUCCUAAAUGUCAAUAAUGCUGCAGCUUUGCAUGCCAAAUAAAGUCUCUUUUACGGCUGAUACAGCUGAACAUUAAAAUGGAAAAUGUGGGAGAGCUGGAGGGUAAGGUGUGCCUGAGGGUAUAAAACAUCACGAAAGGAGAGCAUAUGCAAAAACGCAGUAGAGAGUCCAAUGAGGAAAACAUCACCGUCUUGACCAAUAUAUGCUCACAUUUAAAAAUAUUAUAGUCUAUUAGUAAAGUUUAAUGUUGUCAGUCUUUAGUUAUGUUGUCCACAUUUGGUUGUUUUGUCAGUAUUUGGUUGUCUUAUACUUUGAUAGCUCAGUAGUUAGUAUCUGAAUGUGCUGAAACGGUUGGUCGUGUUGUCUGAAGUUAGUUUAAAGUGUGACUCCAAUCACUCUAUAGAUCCAAUAGGUGCUAAUUAAGUGACAGUUUUCACAGUUUCUUGUUACUGAGUCCAUCAUCAACAUAAAACACAAUGAUUUUACAUAGUCAUAUUUACGUAACCGUAGAAGUAUACAUCACUUUCUCGUUUUUUAUCAUUAAAUGCAAAAACAAAAGCGAUAUCAAUGCAACAUCAGACACUGGCUAACCUGCUCUCUGAUCAUCAGCAUUGGCAACAGCCACAGGAACAUCACUCACCAUAAAUACUGUUCAGUUUGUUGAGUUGUCCAUAUCAGUUGUUGUCUGUAUUUGUUUUUGUCCUCUGUAUUUGUUUAUGUUGCUGGUAUUUGGCAUCACUGUUGAUUCACAAGAAGAGUUCACUUUUCAUCCUCAUUUUUCAGCUGAAUGGAAAGAAUAAUCUAUCAGCCUACCCAAAGUUGGACUGUUUGUUUUCAGCAGACCAUUUUCUGAAUGUGUCAAACUAUGUCACUCUUAUUUUUAACCAUGCCAUCUUUCCUGAGGAAGUGGGAUAUCUUUCUUUCUGACCCCACAUUGUCCAUCUUUAAUGUAUCUCUAUUUUCAAAUGGGUUGCCUUUAGACUCAAAAAACACAGACAUCAUUUCAAGAUAUUAUAUAGAAACCAGUUGUGUGGACUCACUUUACUUCAACUGAUUUUGUUGUAGUUGUACAUUUUUUGUAGUUUUUAAAAAUUAUUUUUACUUUUAUAAUGUACUUGUUGUACAUUCACACUGAAGUCUUGAAGCUUACUUUACAGGGCUGUACGAAACUAAUCCAAGCUCAAAAAAGCCCCACAGUACUGCAGGAAAAGACACAUUUGGACUAUGGUUCAUUCAUUGGUGAGCGUGACAAACAAGUGAACAGCUUAACCUUGACAAUAAAAAUCCAGUGAUUGAAUGUUUUCAGUGUCUUUAACUUACUCAGUUAAUUUUUUGAUGUUUUAAAUAACCACUGAAUUAAACUCUCAAACAAAACUGUUUUUCUAUCACUUUUGGGUUACUUUAAAACAGUGUACUGUCAUAUUAUUUCUUUCAAGUCCUUUUUUUUUCUUUUUUCCUUCAGACAGCGUGUCAGUGGCUGAGAUAUGGCCAGAAGUAGCAAGGGCCGAGUGUUUGGCACGUGGUGCAGCCCUAAAGUGGGCGUCAGGUGUUUUCUGUCGACCCGAGCAUCUGGAGCGAUUGAGCCAGUACAAGAAAAGAGAGAGUCAGAGGACCGCUUCCAUUCACACCAGACUAAAGGUGAAACCAUCAGCACCAAGAUAAUCUUACUAGAUGUGAUAUUUAAGUUUUUCUGAAUAACCCCUGAAGUCAGAGAGGGGAACCAAGACUAACUAUUGUGCAUCUUUCCAUCCAGUCUAUGGUCCAGUCCUACCUGGAGGGGGUAGGCUGGGGUCUGGAGCAGCUCAGGGAGGCCAGGACAGAGCUGAGGGAGGUGUCAAUCGCUCUGAAGAAAGCAGGACUGGAGUCCAGUGGAAACGCAGAGGGGGUGAGGUCUUUGGAGAGGCUAAGAGAAGUGUCCAUCAACCACAGUCAGCUUCUCUCUGCUGUCAGCAACCUGCCUCGACUUUACUCCGGUGAGAUGAUGCUCUGUGAACACUGAGGGCCAGAAAGUCAUUUCUUUAGAGAAGACAGAACACUUUUAUGAUUUACAGAGGGAAGCAGUAGUAUCAGCGAUGUCCUGUUAUUAUAAAGAGCUAAAGGAAGUGAUUCCCCUCUGUUACACAGUGAGAAAUUAUGUACUUGAGGUAAAAAAUAAUAAUAAUAAUAAUAAAACCCAUCAGGUUAUUUUUUCCAUUUCAAAUCACAAUUGAUAUUUAUGUCAGAGGUAAUAUUAGAUUGCAUUAUCCUAUACCGUACAUUUAUGUGAAACACUGGCCUAUAAUCUAGCUCAUGAAGAAAUAAAGGCAAGCUUUUAUAGCAGAUUGAGUUUUACAAAAAGGCACAGAGAUCAAAACAAACUUUUUCAAUUCCCUCGCAAAACUGUCCAGAAGAAUAUUUUCAAACCAUUCAUAUGUUUGUUGACAGACUUGGUUACAAGCCGAAUUACUAAUCCAAUCAACUAUCCAAUGAUAGUUUGAAUAUUCGCUCCCAUUGCACAGACUCUUCAUAAGUCAGUCUAUCAAGUGAGUAGGGGUAACAAAAAAACAAUAUGCUACAAAGAAAAUAUUAUUAUUAUGACUAUUCUGUACUAUUCAGACACUUUGUCUUUUAAUGGUAGCAAAAUGUAUUAAAAGUUUUUUAAUAAAUGGCACUAAAAUUGUCAUUUGUUUAUUUAUUUCAUUCAACAGUUUAUGUUGAGAGAAAAAAAAUCCCCCUCUGAAAAUUUCUAAUGCCCAUCACUUUAUCUCUGCCUGUUCUAGUGCGCAGCAUGGUGUUGGAGACAGAACGUCUGGUGGAGUCCCGGCGGCUCCUGGAGGCCCACGCCCGCCUGAUGGAUCUGGAGCACUGGCAAGAUGACAUCCUCUGGCAGCUCCAUGGAGUUGCCGGGACAGCAGGAAGUGGGCUCAGCGCUGAAGACCGGGAGCUGGUGGAUAAAUAUUUCUCUGGCAUUGGACAACUGGUCGAUGCCCUGGGUAAGGAGGUCUUACUGAAUAUACAACAAAAUGUUGUGGAUUCAUUGAUUAAGCUUAUGAUAGGAGUGAGGUGCUUUACAAAACCUAAACCAAUUGAAGUUGUACUCAGUUUACCCCCCCCCCCCCAAACAAUAAGAUAUUAAAGGCGUUUUUAUUUUUUAUUGUUUCCUCAUACUCAAGUGUCCACUUAAAGAACAGCUGUUUGUGAGACUUCUACGUUGGUGUUUUUUUAGCCAGAGGAUGCAGGUUGGGUGAUAUUGAGUGGUAGGGUGGGCUGAAAUACUCUUGAUCAACGGACAGUACCUGCUGAGCCUUUCCAAUCAAAAUUUUAAAGUAGUUCAAAUGAGUUAUAUGAAUAAUAAGAAUACAGUUACUUAGGUCUUUAUCAGAUGAGAUGGUGGAAAAAUAAAGUUUGUUUCUGUCUGUGGAUCAAACCUGUCAUUGUUUUCCUUCUCAUUCACCUCUGGGGCUGCAGGAAAGGAGCUGUGGGCUGUGGUGAGCAGUGCUCUGGCCCUCGCCAGACAAAACCCCACACCAUUUGUAUCAGCCGUGAGGAUAGUGGAGAGAGAGGAAGCCCUGGAUCAAGCUUUACUAGAGGAGCGAGGGGGGACCAGAGGCAAUGCAAGACCCCUGCCCCCCGGAAGACCUCGCUGCUGGAGAGCAAGCUUCUUCCAGGUCAGAAACCACUAAAAUGAAACAUAGUACUAUAUUUUUUUUUUACCAGCAUUCUGCUUAAGGUGUCUUAUUCUAUGUCACAGUCUGUCCUCCCUGCCCAACAGGUACUAGGGGAAGCGGUCUCUGCCCGCUUUCGUAGUGUGUCCUACCUGCACACACGAGGUCCAGGUCUAGCAGGCCACCUUUCCGCCCUCCAGCACGCUAUCAUGGCUGACCUGGCCACCGUACGCCACCUACUGGAGCACUGUGUCCCAUCACAUUACCGUCUGACAGGGGCCUACCUGAGGGCCAGCCACAACUGUUUACACACUCACCUGGCACAGGUAAGUGGCGUUAAAGAAAUACUGCUGCAUCAUGAUGAGCAGUGGUGCAACAGUCUGAAAGUUAAAGAUGAUCAUUUGAAGAGGCUGUUUAACUUUGUAUUAUAUAUUUACAUUUCUGUUUUAUUUUACGUUUCACUUUGAGCAGACACCAGUCACUGUAGUCAAGGCUUCUGUUUGAAGGUGAACAGCUCAUUAUACACGUCUGAGUGAUUUCUCUGUCAUAGGUUAGCAACUGGGAUCUUGAAAGUGGAGAAAUCUUUGCGGUGCUCAACUGGGUGCUCCAUAUAUACAACAGGUGAGUCCCAUCACCUGAACUUACUGUUUUGUUUUGUUUUUUCUCUACUCUUUGUAUCAUAACUCUUGACCUUACCUGCACCUGAUAGCUUCACCCUGCAGUGUGUCAAAAACUAAUGGGCUCUACAGUUAGCAGCCUACGAAUGGUCAGAAGACUAAGGGAAGCACAAUAAAAACAUAGUCCAUUAACUAUUUAAAAGUCCUGGGCAGAUGAUGACAGUACAAAAUCAGAGUGAAAAUCAUUAUAAAUAUAAGUAAAGAAGAGAAAUAACAUUAAUAAAAGCAAUAAAAGAGGACAUCACUUACAACCCUAAGACAUUGUGAGCUUACAAAAUAUUGGUAAAAACUGAAUUUGAUGGUCUCCAAAUCAUUUAAACCUUAUAUUUGAAUAAAAAUAAUCAAAUCACAUCAAAUGUUGAAAAUUUUGAUAGGUUUAUGAAAUUGUACUGUACAUCUUAACCCAACUCUAACCGUAUCUGGGCCAGAGCCCUCUGAAGAUGUACUGAGGAGAGGAGCAGUGGAAAACUGUUCUGUGGAGUGAUGAGUCAUAAUUCAGUUAUGGAUAAUACAUUUUCCACUCUCAAGAGAGGAGGGAGCAGCUGGCUUGUUAUCAGUGCACAGCUGAAAAGACAAAAUCCUUGAUAGUAUGGGGAUGGAUAAGAGCCCAUGACAUGGGAAGCUUAGGUAUCUGCGGAGGCUCCAUAAAAGCACAAAACACACAAGCAUAAAAGAACAAUAUAAAUGGGAUUUGGAGCAACAUACACUACCACCCAGACAACAGAGACCUUACUAAUAUUGGCAAAACAAUUCCAAGCUGCUUUCUGAAUAUAUUACACUAGCAUGGAUUCGUACUAUUCAAGCCUGGGUGCUAAACCGGCCUGCAUGCAGUCCUGAUCCCACUGAGCAUUUUUUGGUCUAAUAGAGGUCUAGUAGACGUCUUAAUGUAGCCUAGACAACUAUCAGGCUACCACAGGUCUAAAAAUGAAAGUUUUUUAGACCUCUAAAUUUAGAUCAAGUUUAGACCAAGUCUAAAUCUGGGCUAUAUCCAUACUACACUGUGUAUUGCUCAAUGGCUAUCAUAAUUAUUUUUGGUUAAGUACUUGGAGAUCAGUUAUGCAACUCACAGAUGCUUUUUGAAAUAAAUAGUUAUUGAAUAAUGGGUUGAAGUGCAACGUCUUAAUUCCGUCUGAAAAUAUACAGAAUCUAGACGGUUGAAAUUAGGUCUAAAAAAAACUAACCGUCUAAUAACCGUCUAUUGCUCAGUGGGAUUUACUACUUUGCUCAUUACAUUAAGAAGAAAGUAUGACAGAGGAGAUUGUGAAAUGUUCAGCUGCUGAAAUCUUCCGUCAUUAAAGGGUAGGACAACAUUUCACCCCAGAAACUGGUCUUCUUGGUUCCCGAUCACUUUCAGAGUGUUGUUUAGAGAAGAGAAGGUGCAGCUGUUUUGAAACAUGUCACUGACAUCAAAUCUAAAACAAGCACAUUUUUCCUCUCAGAACUUCAUUGUGCUGAUCACCUCUUCUGUGUAAAUGGGAAAAUCUGGAUAAAACCUGCAACACAUUGUUAGCAAAGCAAAACUCUGAGUCUACCCAUGUUGUUUUGGCAGCCCAGACAUGAUGGGUGAUCCGGAGCUAGUGGCUGAGAUGGAGAAAGAAGAACUUGGGUCUCUUAUCUCUGCUGAGGGCCUGGAGCAGCUGCAGAGCAAAUAUGUGCAGAGUGUCAGGGUGAGUCGUUCACGGAAGAUACCAAACAGUGACCUGCUUCCUAAACCAUUUUAACUCACAUCUUAGUUGUUUUUAAACUGGAACCAGAGAGAAAUUCACAGCAGCACAGUCUUAUCUUUGAUGCUACGUUUAGACUAGUCACUACGUGUGUGUGUCCAUGUUGCCACUGUUACAGAAGAGUGUAUCAGAGUGGAUGCACAAAGCUCUACAGGUGGAGCUACAGGACUGGCAGAGAGACCAGGAGCCUGAUACAGACCAUGAAGGUUUUUACCACACCAGCCUGCCCACCAUCAUCACACAGGUACACACAAGAUUAACAAAACAAUCACACAUGCAGGAGGUCAUUCAUGCACAUUUGAAUCGUCUCUUUAUUGUUUUACUACAUCAACAUAAUUUCCUCUUGAAUGUCUGAGCUUUCCUUUUUGGAGUGUCAAACAUCAACACAUGCAGGAUUCACACACAAAAAGUUUUGAAUUUUCAGAUUUAUUAUGUACAAAAUUAGUUCUUAUAUCAGUUUCUUUCACGGCAGACUCCAUCAACAAAAUCUAACAGAAAAGUUGUCGGUCUGGUGCUGCAAAAAGUGGAGAGUUUGUUUGUGUUAUUGUGUAACUUAAGCAUCAACUAAGAUUCAUAACUAACUAAUAGAAACAGCUGUGCACAAGCUGCUCUUAAGGUAAGAUGACUAUUUUUAACAUUAGGGCCUUUUGGCCAAAAUAAAAUGAAUCUUUUUUUUCAUUUGUUUGUUUUAGUAAAAUAGUCGUACUUAUACCCAGAGUAGAACUGAAUUCCUUAAAUAUCAGUUUUGAACCGUAGACUAAACCAUUAUCUGCAGAGCAUCUGGUUUGAUCAGCUGUCUGUUGUGGUGAAAUGGUGCUUUUUUUGCAGCAUCAGAACAGGGUGCUUUGAGGUCGUCUAUGGUCUCAAACCAUGGGAAGUGAUCAAAACAGGCGCUCAAAUGAACAAGUUAUCUCUCCUCCCUGCAUUAUUAUGAGUUUCUUGAUUCUUUAAACUUAAUUUGCAAAGAAAAAACUGUCCCCCACCUCUCCUGAGAAACCAUCAUAAAGCACUCAAGCCAUUUUCCAACUUCUUAUACCUGAACUUUGGGGCAUUUGUGGUGUGAUUUCAUCCAAAAUAUGACUGAUGUUUAUAUUCUUAUGGUUUGUACUUUGUGUGGUUUUGUAUGUUAGAUGCUGGAGGAAAAUGCUCGGGUUGCUCUGAUGAUUGGAGAAUCAUUACGAGAUCAGACCAUCCAGAUGGGAUUAUAUGAAAUGGAAAACCUCCUCAACAGGUGCGCCAUGUGGUCAUUUAAUUCUAGUCUUUUUCCAUUUCAAGGAUCAGACCUUUUCAGUGACCUUCCUCUGUGUUCAUCGUAGGUUUCGAGAAGCACUGGUAGAGUUUGGGAAGGAGCAUCGCAGGAAUCCAAGUAGCAACAAAAACAAGUUCUACCUCCAUUAUCUGCUGGCCUCCAUCAGCAACUGCAUCAUCCUGAAGUAAAAUAAUGAUACAGCCUAAUGGCAGCCACUGACAAAGCUUCCAAGGUUUUGUCAGAUUACAAAUGUGUGGGCUCAUUUGGAUUUGUAGCUUCUAUAUCAUCAGAAAAGUACAGAAACAUACUGUAGCUGCCAGACCAGCUCACCAGCUGAGAAUAUUUCUGUAUGUCACUCAUUCAGCCUUCAGGUUUAACCGUGAAUAAACUGUGUACGUUUAGCACUGGUCAGCUUUGUCUCUUGAAGGCUCUGGUUGAGGUGGUCUUGUCCAUUUGUUGGUCGUCCCAUAAAAACAAAAAGCAUCUACCUAACAGCUUAAUUGAAUUAAACUGAAAAAGAGGUCUGGAUCAAAGUCUUAGUGCCUCUUGUGUUUCAUGCAGACAGUCCACAGAGAGCCUACAGCAGCAGCAGACGUCCCGCUCAGUGGGACGGUUCUCUCGGACUCCCCCCAACCCUCUGGCUGCUCUUGAUCGAGCAGUGAGACGAGCCUGUCGUCUGGUGAUGGAUCAGCUUCUGCUGGACCUCCAGCCUCUUCUACCAAGCCUGCUAACCCGACCCUGGCUGGUCCAGGGAGACCCUGUCCCUAAACUGUGUCAUAUCCUGGAGCGUCACCUGGAGCUCUACAACCGUGUUCGGCCUCCCUGCAGACAGGUAACAACUCCUCUCUGUUUGUGUCCUCACUGUGCAGGUGGGAGUUUAGUUAUACAGACAGUUUUGGAAAGUUUUGGAAAAUCCCAGCAGGUCAGGUUUUUCAUAUUCUCGUCAUAUCUGAAAGGGAAGUGUUACUGAUGUUCAGCAUGUACAAUAACUCUUUCAAUCUGUACCUCAAACAAAGAAAAUAUGUCUGCAACAGUUCAGUAUUAAUAUAAAGCUUAUGAACAAAUAAAAUGAAUGUCUCUCAAACUGUUUUUUUUUUUUGAAGGAUCAUUAAUAUCAUUAACUCCAAAUCUCUGACAAUAUUGCAUGGAUAUUUGCAGGGCCAACAGAGGUUUUAGAGUUGUCACUGAUGUUCAAAGUUAUCAGUAAUAUUCAAAACUUCAUGUAAAUUUUCAUUGUCUCCACUAUGGACUGUUUCCACCUCUAAAGAAUAUUAUUCUCUUACCUCAACAACUUCUGCCACAUUCACAGAACACUGAAUCGAGUGCAUUGGAUAUGAAGUUUGUUGGAGAUGUAGAUAAAGAGGAUGUAACCUAAAGCUUAUUAUCCUCACUCUUACUGUUCAGUAAGUCAGUCUGAGACACCUUUAGAGUAGCUCUGCAGGAGUUGUGUGUAGCCAUAUGUUUUUUAUACUGCUCUCUUUUUAGGGCUUUUCACCUGCUGCUUUUGUAUCCAGUGAUACAAAGCAAGACACAGCUAAUUAAUGUACUUUGCACACAGUUUUGUAGACAACCAAAAAGUCAUCAGUGAAGUGGGGAGCACAGGCAGUGACAUUAUUGUCUCAAAAACACAGAACAGCUGUUUUCUAGUGCCUCCAUCUCUGGGAAGAGAAAUUAGCUGAUCUUUUCAAACCCAACCAAAGGACACUGUUGAGAAAUUCUCUCAGAUAUACUGAAUCAACCCAGUGAAGAAAUACAACAGUAAAGCAGACUUUUCAGCUUUCGGGUGAGUGUUUAUUUGACACAGCUGUCAGAUGGGCUUGUCCCUCGAUGCAACAGCACAAAGUGACUUUAAACUACGGCCGUGUGUUGAAACAAGCUGUUUGAGGAACCCGGAAAACAUGUCCAAGGAUUACACUUCCUCAGACUUUGAUUAUUCAUGCCUCCUCUUUAGUGUUUCUCUCACUCUUUAUCAAAUAAAGUGGCACACCUGACUGCAAGCUUAUCUAAUGUUGGGGUUUAGUUUUUUAUUGGUGUAGCAAGGAUAGAUAAAGUGACUUCAGCAAAAAUAAAGUUGCUACUCCAGGUUAAUCUGAUUAAUAAUUCAUAAUCAAGUUUGUGUGUAUGUGUGUGCACAGCGUCUGCAGGAGGAGGCUCAGUGGCUGAUGGUGGUGGAGUACGUCAGGGCUCUGAUGCAGAAAAGGCUGGUGUGUCGAAGCACUGAGGAGAGAAAGCAGCUCGCCCAGCAGAUGGUUCAGGAUGAGCAGCAUUUCAGAGAGAUCUUCCACGGCCUGGUGAGGAGGAGCUGACUCAGACUGCAACAAAACAUUCACCUUACAUAAUACUUACGGUUAAAUGACCAUUAGCUUAUGGUCAGGACAUAUUUAGCACUAAAAUAGAUCUGAAUUUGUGAUAAAACACUGUAAAAGAAAAUAUGUGUGAAUAAUAAGGCCACUCAGGUAAUGUUGGUAUCAAUAAUAACAUUUUCACAGUGUUAAAAAUAGGAUCCUAAACUUUUACAAAUGACAUAAAGCGGGCAGUUUUCAGUUUGGUAUCUUCCUCUACAUAUGGUCUUGUUCUUUGGCGUCAAACAUAAAUGACACUGCCUGUGGUUAUCAUUUGUAAGAUAUACUUACUCUAGAUUUCUGAUCAACUGAUCCUCCACAAAUGUGUAAACAUGAGCAUCUUUAGAAAAUGAACCAUUAAAAGCAUAAAGACAGAGCAUCGUGUCCUCUUAAUAUUUAUAAGAAAUACCUCAUAGAAUUGAAAAACUUUGGUCAUGAAAUAGAAAGCAGGUUUGUCACUGAACAUCAGAGUUUAAACAUAACUAUUUCCACAUAAAAACAAGUCACAAGCAGGUUCAAUCAGAGGUCUCAACACCUGUUUCAGUAUUUCUUUCAGUCAAGCUGUUCUUCUCUACAGGAUGGUGAAGGGUCUGAGCCUGAAGUGAACCCUUUGGCUUUACUCCCUGUCCUGGCUGAUUUCAUCCGACUGAAAGAUCCCGGCAUGCUCACUCUGGAAGUUUCUGGACUUGUAGCUAAAUACCCUGACAUCAGGUAACCUGAACUCAAAUGCUUUGAGUCGAGAUCAUACUCUUUUUAUCAAGACUCCAUGUAAAGAUAGGAUCAGAUUGAGCCCCAUCGUGUAAGAUCAGACCCACUUCCAUCCCAUCCUCAACCAUAUGGGUGAGACACUUUGCAACAUUAAGUAUGUUAUGAUGGAGAGGAAGAACUUCCUUUAAUAGGCAGAAACCUCAAGCAGAACCAGACUCAUGUUAGACAGUCAUUUACUGAGACUGCGUUAGGUUUAGAGAGGGGAUAGAGGGAGAUGGACUGGGAAGAGAUUGAUGCAAGUAGUUGAAGCAGCUAGAAAAGCAGGUAGGUCCAGGCAGGCCAACACCUGCAGCAGCGAUCCGGGGGAAGCUACGGCAUGAUGGAGCUCAGGGACUUCCAGAAAAGACUGGAUUGGUGACUCUAAUGGGACAUGAUAAUUCAAAAAUAAAUACAAAUACUUUAUUUCCAGGGCCAAGUCAUUUAUAAAGAUAAUCAGAAUUAAUAUCUGCCUUUUCAAAGCGUUAAACAUGCAUGAUUUGGUUAUAAAGUGCAGAUUUUUCUGAAUAAGUCAUGUUUUUAUGUUUCCUCAGCGAAGAACACGUGUCUGUACUGCUGGACAUUCGUGGAGAUAUCUCCAGGGACAUUAGAGGGGCUGUUCUGGACUUGUUGGAGCAAAGCGCCCCACCUUUGCCUGCCGGGUACAGGCCUAUCUUCACUGACAUUCUGGUUCCUCCCUCCACCAUGGCCUUCUGUCUUCCCACUGCUAAGUGUGCAUGAAAUUGCGGAUUGAACUCGACAUUAAAGCACAGGGAAUCUGGUUCCUGAUCACAUCAUUACGUGACAAAUCUGCACAAUCGAGCUCUAUAAAGAGUCCCCUCAAUGGCACAUCGAUUCAUGAAAGUAAUCAGCUCAUUUUGGUGAGUUUUACUAAAAGGAAAAGAAUGUGUGGAUUUCCUCUUUCUCUCAACUGAUGUUAUGAGAGGGGAAUUCCAGUGUCUUCAAACCUGGUCCUGUAAUGUCAUGUUGUGGGAUCCAAACAACUGACACAAAGGGCACUGUCCAAUACUGUCCAAUGCAAGACAGACCAGAAUGGCUUCCACCAUCAACCCUUUAUUCUUCCAUGACAAAACAAGACAAUGACAAGCUAAAAUUCAGCACUGAUAACAAAAACUCUGAUAAAUGUAUUAUUUAUUUUGGAUAGUAAGACAAUCAGGCAUUGAAUAAUCCAUGGUAUUUUGCCAUUUUCACCACUUGUGAUGUGUCAAAUUCUCACCCUAUCCUAGUGGCUUCUUUGGAAAUUCAGUUUUAUGUUCUGCGGUAAUGAUCAACUUUGAGUCAUCAGAGGUAAAGAUGUAGCAGCAGUGAAUUAAGUGACUGUCCAAAGGUGUUUCUUCGAUUUGAGGACAUCAAGGGCUGAAUGUGGACCCACAUUCCUGCCCCACAACAGGGAGAAGUAAAAGAAAGAAAGACAGAAACUUUACCAUAGUAAAUACAGAAAAAGUGUCUUGUUUCUUGGUAUGGAGUAAAGAGCUUUUUAUGCUAUGUUACCAUGGCAGAUCAGCAGACACAACACAGCAGCAUUGGACUGCGGCAAAGUCGAUGACCUACAAAAUUAAUGUUUCAAGGGAUCAAGAAAUUACAGAAAUAUUAAGAGAGUGAAACUUUGCAGAUUUAAACUCUAGUACAAUUUUGAUACUAAUUCCUUAAUGAUUAACUAAAUUAGACUAAAGACAGAAAAUGUUUCGACUAACAAUAACUUUGACGACAACUGGACCAAAUUGUUUGGGGUUUUCAAUGACUCAAACUCGACUGAGGUUAUAAAAAGCACAAACUACAACUAUCUGGCUAGGACUUAAAGUCUUAAGACUAAGAUUAAAAAUAAAAGACGAAAAUAGCUGCCUGAAUAAACACUGUUGAGAGGUCAACAAUUCCUAUGUGGUCCUCUUCAAUGAUGAAAUUUCUGUUUUUGCCCCAAGAGAGCAAUGUUAGGCUGUGAUGAUGAUGAUCAGUUGAGUUCCCGGUCAUCUAUGCAGCCAAAGCAACCUUCUCCAGAAACCACUUAAAACUCUUUUUACCCGCUGUCUCCAACCCAAAGCUCUACUUUGUCAAAAUGGGGCAGAGAUUUAGAAUUUCCCAAAGUUUCCUUUAACAGUGUGAUGAGCAAGGCAACAAAAGAGGAUCACAUUUUAGUUUUCUCUGUCUUUACUACCAAGCCAUUCACUUGCUGGUCCAGAUUUGAUUUAUUUGACUGUUUAAGGUAAAGGUAAGAAAGGCAGAAAUCUGUCAUAUAACACAACAGAUCGAAGUCCACUCAUGAAGGUUAUAAUCUGAAAUGCCCACAAUAUCUCCUCAUGAAGAGAAACAGUCGACUUACUGGUGCUUAACUGGCAAAACAGUUUGCAUAUUUGAUACCAUGUUGAACAAGUCAAAGAGAUAAUCCAAGAGUCUAAUUAAAGUUUUAAUUUUCUAUGUACUUUAAUUCAAACUGAAAGUGUGAAAAGUUUUAUGAAGAACUUUGUUCUAUGAAGCAUCUGAAUAUCCUUUAGCAGGACAUCAGAAAUGAAAGGAAAUAUUUAAUUUAAGUUACAAGAUUCAAGAUACAAGAGAAGUCGAAGCAGGUAUGCAUCCCUACAUUAAAUCCUUACAUCCUUAAAAUGGUAAAGCAGAGUGUAUAAAUGUGUGGAUGCAUGACUGCUUAGGACUGUCAUAGAUAAAAGUUUCAUCAUAGCAUUUAGAGACCAGGCACCUGGGCAGUGAAAUAACCUGGAGAACUUUGGCUGCUAAUUCAUGAAACAAUCCUCAGAAUCCUUUUUUUAAUAUCUUGUCUCCAUGUUUCUCAUCUCCCUUUGUUGUUGAUAUUGUGUAUUUAAAACUGGACAUCUCGUUUGUAUUUAUUGUAUUUAAUUUUUUCUAUUUUUCCAUAAUGUGUUUUGUUUACUGUCCAGAGAAAAUCUUUAUGGUUCCGGUUCAAUGCUUGUGAUAUACAGCACAUUGCAAACUGUAUAAAUGCUUAAAUAAAUGCCUUACAAAACAAAA